CGCGUUUUGUCAAGUUUUUAUUUACAAGAGGUGAGUCGUGGGGACAGAUCGCAGAGUGUACCAAAUUUGUGUAAAUUUUUAAACAUGAGGUCAAUGCACAAUUGAACGAGAUUAAAAUCUACAAAAUACUGUGAGAAAAGUAUGUGAAGAGCAUUUAUAAAAUGGCAUUCUUAUGCCCUGUAAGAAUCAGACGUGGUAAAAAGAAAAAGUCCUCCAGUGUUGAUCUUGAAAAAGAACUAGGUCGAGUCAGCAAUGGAGUUACUCCAGGUAUGGGUAGAAUUACUGGUUCGGCCAGCAUUGAAACUCUGGUUCGAGUUGGUAUUGAAAAGGAACACGGCUUAUCACCUGAUUCCAAAAUGGUAGUUCUGCAUGACUUUACUCCAUGUGUGGAUGAUGAGCUUGAAGUAAAAAGGGGACAGAUUGUCAAUAUAUUAUAUAGAGAAAAUGAUUGGGUGUAUGUAAUUGCUCCUGAUACAAGACAGGAAGGUUUCAUACCAUAUUCUUAUUGUACCCCAUACAAUAAUCAUUUAGCAGAAAUGGCCAUAAAAAAGAAACUACCCCGAGAUGUUCAUUUAGCAUCCAGGGAAAGUUCAGAUACUAAUCAUGACUGUGAUGGAGCAGGACUAGAUAUUAUGUUUGAUGAUUGUGCAUCCAUAGAAAAAGAAAAACUAGACACAGGAGCUAUUAGUCCUGUUAGUAUUCAUUCCGAACCAGACAUGAUACCAUUUUCAAAAGAUCCAUCUGGGAGAUAUAUAGUUUUAUAUACUUUUAUAGCCCGUGAUGAAAAUGAUGUAUCAGUAGAAAGAGGGGAAUUUGUUACAGUUCUAAACAGAGAAGAUCCUGAUUGGUAUUGGAUUGUAAGAAGUGACGGACAAGAAGGUUUUAUACCUUCCGGAUUUGUAUAUCCUGCUGAUAAUGUGAUACAGGGCCACCUAAACGGACAAACCCAGCCUGGUCUUGGUUCUUUCCCAAAUCAGAACAACAUCCAUACCUUAACAUCUUCCAGUGCAGAUGACUUAAGAUACCAUGGUACUGAACUUGUUAUGUUGUACGACUAUAAAGCCCAAGCUCCCGAUGACUUAACGGUCAGACGGGGCGAUUGGAUCUAUGCUGAUUUAAAUAACCAGACUGUAGAUGGGUGGCUAUGGGCCUAUGCCCCCAAAACCAGGAAAUAUGGUUUUAUUCCGAAAGCAUAUGCAAGACCCCCUGCCAUGACAAGUUUAUGAGCUAAUAAGUAUAAGUUGUUAAUUUUUUAUAUGACGUACUUUUUAUAGAACUAUUAUACAGGGUGUGCCAAAGAGUUUGCAAUUAAUAGAGAUUUUUUAUUAUUCAGCAAAUUCAAUGUCAAAAAAUCCUCUAUAUAUAUUUGCAAAGUGGGGUUAGGUAACAAAAUAUCAAUUUAGAAUUUGAUUCUAAAUUAAUAUCAGUCUAUGUACCAAGUUUCAUAAAUAUACACGGUUUUUUGAAAAUACCAAUUUUUUCAUUAUGUAAAAAAUGACUUCUUAUUAGACAUCUUGAAGUAAGUUUGGUUUAUAUGCAUUCGUUGUCCAUCACUCUGUCACCAUUUAAAUAUGAGCUGCCAUUUUUGAAAUAAACUAAUAAUAAUAAACUUUUCUAAUACCUCAAUAGUAAAAAAAUCCAAUUUGUUGUGAACUUUAUGGCACACCUUGUACCUUUAAGUAUUAUUUACAUGGUAAAAAUCAGCAAUGUAAAUUAGUUUGAAAAUGCCUAUAAUGUUGCCAUGCUCAAAAAUAUUUGUAUAGGUUUAAGUUGCAAUAUUUUUACAUUUUUAUAUCAUACUCGUUUUAAUUAUCUUAUUUAUGUAUAGAAAUAAAUUUAAUAUUAAAAA